AUGUUAGGAACUACUCCCUCAUCACGGAAAAAAAGGGGUUGGUUUAAUUUUGUUGGGGAUAUGUAUAAACAAUUAUAUGGUACUCUAACAGAGGAAGAUGCGGAUAAAUUUUCUACUCAAAUUUCGGAAUUACAUUCAAGUAAUUAUAAAGUAUUAAGCAUUAUAAAAGAACAAAUUUAUGCAGUUAAGUCAAAUGUAGAACUUUAUAAUAAUACAUUUUUUAAUAUAAAUAAAGAAAAAAUAUUAUUAAAUGAAAAUUUUGGAAAAAUAGAAAACCAAUUAAAAAAUAUGAAUGAAUUAAUUAUGGAUAUAGAGUUAGAACAAUUAGUAGAACAACAAAUAAUAUUAUUUAAUUUAAUGAUAAGUCAGGUAUUAUUUGAAGUAGAUUUAUUAGGAGAGAUUGUAACAGCAGCACAAGGGGGCGUUAUUCAUGCUAGUGUUUUAACACCGAAAGAUAUUUUGGAACAAUUAAAAAAAAUCGAAAACGAUAUACCUAAACAUCAGAGAUUACCAGUUCCACUGGACAUAAUAGGAGCUCAUACAUUAUUAAGUAUAGCCGAUGUAGUAUGUAUAUAUAAAAAUAAAACUUUAAUAUUUUUGAUAAGAAUACCUUUAAUUGAUAAUUACGAAUUUACAUUAUACAAUUUAAUACCAUUACCAGUAAGUGGAAAUAACGAUCCAUUACAUAUGUACAUUAACCCAAAAAUGGACUAUUUAGCUAUAAGUAAAGAUUAUGAAAAUUACAUUUCGUAUAGAACAGAGGAAUUAAAUAAAUGUAGACAAACACCAAAUUAUAAAUUAUGUGCAGGAGGACAAGCAAUAUAUAAUAGACAUGAAAGAACAGUGUGUGAGGUAAAGUUACUAUUGGAACCAGUAGAAAUACCAAAAACAUGUCAUGUACGACAUAUUACGUUAGUAGAGAAUAUAUUUCAUAAAUUAAAAUUUAAAAACGCAUGGAUAUAUUCGGUCUCAAGAGAAAAUAUUAUAUUAGACUGUGAGGAAGCAAAAGCAAGUAUGAAAAUUAAUUUAACAGGGACAGGGAUAAUUUCAAUAAGGGAGGAUUGUAGGAUUUUUACAUCUGAUUCAGACCUAAUACCAAUAAAACAUUUGUCAACUAAUAGGAAUAUAGAUAUAGUGCCAUGGUCUAAAAUACCAAAAACAUUAUUCAACAUUAAAAAUUAUACAAAACUCGAAGAUUUAAAAUUGGAAAAAUCACGCGAAAAUAGUGUGAUAUGA